GUUAAUCCCCUCCGCUACACGGGCACCCAUUCUAAUGUGUGGUCCUUUUGUUUGUAGGUCGUUGAAAAAACGUAUCGUUUUGAGCAUGCAUAGAUUGUUAGCGAUCCCGUUUUCUUUCUUACCUUUUUCACCCAGCAUUGUGGGUUUUUUUGUGUGUGUGUGUGUGAGGAAGAUCAGCCCUGAGCUAACAUCUGCCAAUCCUCUUUUUUUUGCUGAGGAAGACUGGCCCUGGGCUAACAUCUAUGCCCAUCUUCCUCCACUUUAUAUGGGACGCUGCCGCAGCAUGGCUUGCCAAGCGGUGCAUUGGUGCGCGCCUGGGAUCUGAACCAGCGAACCCCGGGCCGCCGCAGCGGAGCGCGCGCACUUAACCGCUUGCGCCACCGGGACGGCCCCAGUAUUGUGGUUUUAAGAUCCACCCAUGAUGCUUUGUACACACCUAGUCGGUUGCAUUUCACGGCUGGGUGGUUUCCAGGAUGGAGAGUUACCAUCCGUUCUCCCAGGGAGGGCCAUUGAGUUGUCGACUGCCCUCCGGUAUAAAGAACACCAGCGUGAGCAUCCUCGUCCACGCUCCCUGUGGAUGUCUCUGAGAAUGUCUUUGGGGCACAUACACCCCAGUGCAGAACUGCCUCCCUUUACUUUGCAAACGACUGCCAGCCUGUUCCGAUGCUAACCACGUCCGCUCUCCCCCAAGCAUGGCCCGAGGGGUCCUGUGACUGACCCCCACAUCCCCACCAAGCCUUGGUCUUACUCAUCUUGCAAGUUUCGCCCGCCAGCCUGACAAUAGGUGGCAAGUGGUACCUCGCUGUGGUUUUCGUUGGAGGAGAGUUUGGGCAUCUCUCCAUACUCUGCUUAGUCUGAUGACGCGGCAUGGCAAGAACUGCACGGCGGGGGCUGUCUACACCUACCACGAGAAGAAGAAGGACACAGCGGCCUCAGGUUAUGGGACCCAGAACAUUCGACUGAGCCGGGAUGCCGUCAAGGACUUUGACUGCUGCUGCCUCUCUCUGCAGCCCUGCCACGACCCUGUCGUCACGCCGGAUGGCUACCUGUAUGAGCGGGAGGCGAUCCUGGAGUAUAUUCUGCACCAGAAGAAGGAGAUCGCCCGGCAGAUGAAGGCCUACGAGAAGCAGCGGGGCGCCCGGCGGGAGGAGCAGAAAGAGCUGCAGCGGGCGGCGGCGCAGGACCAGGUGCGGGGCUUCCUGGAGAAGGAGGCGGCCAUCGUGAGCCGGCCCCUCAACCCCUUCACGCCCAAGGCCGCCUCGGGGACCGGCCCAGACGAUGCCCGAGCCGGGCCCAGCGGGGGCCCCGCAGGCAAGGACAAAGACACAGCGCUGCCCAGCUUCUGGAUCCCGUCGCUGACCCCCGAGGCCAAGGCCACCAAGCUGGAGAAGCCGUCGCGCACCGUGACCUGCCCGAUGUCGGGGAAGCCGCUGCGCAUGUCGGACCUGACGCCCGUGCGCUUCACGCCGCUCGACGGCUCCGUGGACCGCGUGGGGCUCAUCACGCGCAGCGAGCGCUACGUGUGCGCCGUGACCCGCGACAGCCUGAGCAACGCCACGCCGUGCGCCGUGCUGCGGCCCUCUGGGGCCGUGGUCACCCUCGAGUGCGUGGAGAAGCUCAUUCGGAAGGACAUGGUGGACCCGGUGAACGGGGAGAAGCUCACGGACCGCGACAUCAUCGUGCUGCAGCGGGGCGGCACCGGCUUCGCGGGCUCCGGAGUGAAGCUGCAGGCAGAAAAGUCCAGGCCGGUGAUGCAGGCCUGAGUGCGGGGGACCAAAUAAACGGGCUGGGACGCGA